AGUAGUGUGAGAUGUAGCUCUGCGCGCGCUCGUACCGAGUGCAUGCGCCCGAGUUGAUCGUACGCGUCGGUAAUAGUGCUUCGGAUUUUCGUACGUUCCAAAUUUGAAUAGUGCACGAACAUUAUUUAUAAGAAGGGACUUAAAUAUCGAUUUCUAAAAUCUGCAAGAGAACGAACGAACAAAAUAAGGGCAUCAAAAGUGCUAUGUAAGAAAAUAGUGACAACAAGAUGGCGACGUGUCCCCGGCCGAGACCAGCCAGGUCUUCCUCGACCAGACUGAAAUACUCUAAGACGGUGCCAGCUAGUAUGAUCAGUGCCAACACAGCGAUGGACAAUGACGUGACACCGGUGUACCUGGCGGCCCAGGAAGGUCACCUGGCAGUCCUCAAAUAUCUGGUGCUGGAGGCUGGCGGCAGAUUAGACGCGAGAGCCAGAGAUGGAAUGAUGCCGAUACACGCUGCAGCCCAGACCGGCUGCCUGGACUGUGUCAAAUGGAUGAUAGUAGAACGGGGCGUAGACCCGAACGCCAGGGAUGGUGACGGGGCUACCCCCCUCCACUUCGCGGCGUCGCGGGGUCACCUGACCACGGUGAGGUGGCUGCUGCGGCACGGCGCCAGGCUCCACCUCGAUAGACACGGGAAGAGUCCCAUCAACGACGCGGCGGAGAACCAUCACUUGGAAUGUCUGAACGUGUUGGUGGCCGCUGGUGCAGGUGCGGACAGCAAGCAACUGUCCACGUAUAAAGCGGUCCACUCCUGCGCAUGCACACCAGGUGACGCGCGUUGCGCCCUUCCAAAUUGCAUCAACACUGGCAACACUCGCUCUCCCUUUUAUCUUCACGCGCCAGAAAGAGAGCGCCGCAACUCAGUCCAGGAGCGGCGAGGGUCUCUACCUUCUACCGUCGGCUCCAUCAGUUCAGCGAGAUCCGGUCCAGCUGAUGGCUUGUACGUGAAUCCGAUGCAAAGAGCCGUUUCCACAACUGCUACACAUCAUAGUUCUUCAGGGGAGGAGAGUUCAGCUUGCUCGGCAUCAGAUGGUGACUCUGGCAACAAUGGGGGUUGGUUUUUGCAUGGCGGAUCGAACAAUAGCUCCGGAGCCCCAGCGGCUUUGUAUCAGCGUGUGAGGGACCUCUUCCACACUCGUUCUCCAGGACCUAGAGUACCCGCUGAAGGGCAAGAGGCUCCAACUAUGACAGUAAAAGCCGAGGUACACGGUUCGACGGAGGCAACUACGGUGCCAGAACAGUCGGACAGUGACAGUGGAGCCGAAGCCACGAGACGCGGUCACCACUAUGAAGAUAUCUACAUACCACGGGAAGAGCAGCAGAGGAGAAGGAGUACAUCUCGUGAUUCCGGUAGUCACAGCCGGCCGGGGAGUGCUGCUCUUAUCAUCGAUUACACCACCAAAGACAACGGCGAUGCACUGAGCAAAGCAUAUGAAGAAGUCACUCCAGUGGUCGACUCUCAGACGAAAUCCUCCAUAGCAACUAAACUAGCAGCUCUAACACACAAGGCCCAGAACUUUGCUAGCCGCAUAUCAUCAGCGGCUGGUAGUCGCCGUGCGUCAGUAUCCGACGAGGUGGCAGUGACGCAGACGUCUGUGUCGGCGUCGUCGGGCGUCUCAUCUGGCGGCAGCUCGGGAGACGAGGCCCCUCCCCCGCCACCGCCCCCGCCCGCACCCCCCGCUCCACCAGUACCUCCACCCGCAGUGCUGGAAGAACCUGCACUCAGACCAUCGGAGUUGAGGGGGCGUUUAGAGGACGACGAGCCCCCACCGCCUCCGCCCCCCGUGCCCCCGAUGCCACCUCCGCCGCCACCAUUAGCGAUGUUAAAAGAUUUGAUGUUCAAUCCCUUGAAACUGAAAGCCCGACUUGCGGGGCGGCGCGGCUCGGCGGCGUCAGAAGACGAAAGACCUCGCGGGCCAAACCUCGUGAACAAGCAGCCGGUUUUGCCGUUCGUGCCUCCCGCGUUCCCUCACAACGCGCCCGAUCGAUUGAUAAAACCCUCGGAAUAUUUGAAAACAAUCACGGCGCCUUGCAAGCGGGACGACAGCGGGGCGGAGGCCCGACCUCCGCCGCCGCCGCCGAUCCCGAGCGACAACGUUCCGCCGCCGCCACCCCAGCCCCCGGCGAUGACGGCCACACAACCCUUAGCUGCCAUCAGCAGUGCGGAGCUAUCCGCUGUCAGACUCCGCACGCCAGCCACCAAAACACUCUCAGCACCUCCACCGACGAGAUCUGUCAGUUUACAAUGUCUACCGAGCGCCGCGGAGAACUAUCGAAGCGCGAAAACAGAUUUGAUAGAAGAACUAAAGAUGUCGAAGGACAUAACUGGCAUCAAGAAGAUGAAGGUGGAGAGAGCGAGACGGGAGAGUCUGCAGGAUAAGGAGACGUUUACAGAAUUCACAAAGAGGUUCACAGCUGAGAAUUUCGUUGAUCAGGGAUGUCCGCAGAUACCGGAGAGGGACGCCGCCGGGAACGUGAUACCGGCGUGGAAGAGGCAGAUGUUGGCCAGGAGAGCAGCGGAGAAGGCCAGGAGGGACCUGGAGAGGGAGCUAGCAGGCGAGGCUGAGAGGAGGAGGGCAGCCGCCGUACCUGCAUGGAAGAGACAGCUGCUGCAGAGAAGGGAGGAAGCUGAAAACAGAUUGAGACAAUCCCUGUAUACUCCUAAAGUGGAAGAGACGAAUGGCUCUAACGGCAUCAACACCGGUGAAUGGCGGUCGUACCCGAGCGGCACACAGCGCGCUGUGUCCAUAGACAACAUCUCGCUGUGCUACGACACACCCUCACAUCCCGUGCGGGCGCCGUCAGAGGCUAAACUGACGUCAGACCACUGUAACGGCCAUGCGACAUCAAAUGGUAAACAUGACGACGAUGGUGAAGAUGAAAGCGCCAAAAUUAUACCAUGGCGGGCGCAACUUCGCAAGACAAACAGCAAGCUCAACUUACUUGAAUAGUUAGUUACUUUUUUUUGUAAGCUCGAACAAUGUUGCUAGUUUUUAAAAUAAUCUACUAUUUUAGUAGUUUCGACAUACGAUUUUGUAGCAACGCCAUAAAUUUAAAUGCAUUGUAUCCGUUGCUUCGUUUGUUUAUAAACAUGAAAUCGAUUAAUUGAACAAAAUCUACAACAGCAAACGUUCUGAUAUAGAUUUUUAAGACAUAAUUAAGUUAAAAAAUAAAUAUAUUUAAAACGUAUAAUUUGAUUAUGACCGACUUUGAACUUUUAGGUAUAUUGAAAAAAUUUAUGGGCUAUUUAAAUAUUUUUUUGAUACAUUUCCACAUGUAUUCAAUUAAAAUAUACCUAAUGAUGUUUAUUCUAUUCUAAUUAUGAAUAUUGUAGAUAUUUACAAUGAGCCAAACAUUAUAAAAUUUUAUAAUUAGUACUUUUUUUAAUCGUAUCACAAUGAAACGAAAGUCAUUAAGCGACGUCUAAGUAAAUUUUUAAACUUCUAUUUUUAAGUUUUUCUAUGAAACGUAACAUUUUUUAAAAUAACAAUUUUGUAAUAAAUAUUCGGCUUUAACAUUUUAAAAGGCUAAGUUUUUUACUGAUAAAUAAUAUUUAAAUCAAAUUAUUGUAAGUGUUUUGACCAUGCAGGUGAUACCAAUGUUGCAAUAUUAGUUGUAAGCAUCAUAAACAGUGGGUUUUUGUAAUUUUGUACGUCGUACUUUAAAAAUAUAUUAUUUUAUAUUAUGUAUAGAUAGAUAUUUGUAUGUGUGAGUUAUACAGUACGAUAAUUUUAUGUAAUGUUGUUAAUAAAAUGCUGUUUUGCU